UUCCAAGUAUUCCAAAAGAUAUAACUGCUGAAGUAAUAAAAAAAUUAGUUCAGAGUCCUGGCCAACUUCCUAACAGAUCCGAUCUAGCAAACUUUCUUAACGAAAAUCCUCCAGUAAAAAUACCGCUUGCCCCUAUUCAUUUUUUCCAAUUUAAAACUGGAGAUCUGGAUGGCAUAACUGAGGAAGAACGAGAUAUAUAUUUUACACAAAAUACAGAUGAGGAAUGUACAUCACUUUUUUCAAAACUUUUUGGACAGUUAAUUUACCCUCCCUCAUAUGGAAAAAAUGAAGAUUCAUAUCAUGAUCUGUGGGAUAGUAUUAUUAAAAAUACGAUAGAGAUAUUUGGAAAGCAGAAUACUAGUUUGCCAACAUUGGAAUUUGAUCGUAAUACUAGCAAACGAACCACAACAGGUCGCAAUCGCCCAGACAUGGUUGUGUUAGUAAGAAAUGUUUGUCCUUUUCGAGGUGAAGAAAAGUCCCGGGAAGAUGCAGGAGAUCCUUCGAAAGAAUUAACCGAAAAAUUCAAAGGUUGGACUUAUGGAAAUGCUCCAUACCUCUUUGCAUACUAUGCUGUUGGAGUUCUUGUAACUUUUGUUACAUUGCAUAAGCCUAUAAAUAAGACGAGUAAUAAGAGAAAGCGAGGUGUUUAUUCUGAGCGAAUUGCAGAAUAUGAUUUGGGACGUUUGUCUGAUAGAAUUCGCGUUAUGAAUUUCCUUCGAAACAUCUUGAAUCUAUGCCCUCAAAGAGAUUCUCCAGACUUCGAAACAAAGAUUCGAUCAAAUGGAACUGUUAUUGAACUUGGGUAUGCGGUUACGAAAAAAUUUACAGACGAAGCACAAGUUAUUCAUCUAAAAGAAAUCUAUGGAAUGUUACAGGCAAAUAAUGUUAAAUUUUCCGAUAGAUUAGAAUAUUUAUCUAGACAUUCAGUUCAUUUGGUACCGCGCGGAGAACAACAAGAACCAAAUAAACUUAAAGAGUUACUUCAAGCGUUAAUUUGCAUAUUAACUUGUUUGAAGGGCAUGCAUUUAAGUAAACCAAAACCGAUAAUGCACAGGGAUGUUCGUUGGCCAAAUAUUAUUCGCCAUUACGAUGAAUACUUGAGAUUCAUUUUAAUCGAUUUUGACUAUGCUACAUUUUCCCCAGCUGAUAUGCCUUUGGAAGAAUUUUCUGAAAGUGAUCAUGCUCCUGAAAUGCUAAUUAAAAAACAUAAUUUUAAGGUUGAUAUAUGGGGUGUUGGGAAUUUAGUUGCUUCAUGUUACAUUUCAGGUAUUCCUCAAGAACUUGUAAGCUUUAGUGCGAAUUUGUGUAAUGAAUCUCCAAAGAAUCGACCAACUGCUUCAGAUGCUCUCGAUCGGGCAAAAAAAAUGUUUAGAGAGUGGUUUACAAAUGAUGAUUGGCUGGAAAGGAUCGUUGAAACCGC